AUGGAAUCAAACGCAACCUUAACUGUAUGCACUGAUGACCACGUUGAGCUUGAGGAAUCACUAGAUCCACCCACGCAGUAUGUACUACUUGAGACUCCUAUGAAGGAAUAUUUACGUCAAGACACGUUUGAUAGCGAUGCUGAGACGAGAAUCGCAGAACCAAUUAUUCCUUUAAAACCAAUCAUUACGUCAGACUCAAGUGAGAUUCCAAUAACACGUACGAUUCCAAUUGAAUUUCAAGCUAUUACAUUAGAAGAUGCAGAACGGAUAGAACGUGAACACGAGCAAAUAGAGAAAGAGGACGAACAAGAGGAGAAUCCGGAACAUACAAUUCAAUUAACUUCAUUAAACGUGCGAGACUCUGUCAUUCCACAACUUCCCAAGCGCUAUCUCAAUACUCAAUUUCAGAGUAAUUCAUAUUUCUCCAAACGACUAUUACGACUCUCUCAAUUCAUUGUACUUGGUGAUAUCAUUGCGCUUGGUUUUUUCUACUUUUACGAAUCCAAUGCUGAUGAUAUACAACAUGGAAAAUUAUAUGUUGGCUCGCCACUCCACGUUCUCGUACAUAGUAGUGAACAGAGUUGUUCCACUUCGUUGGCACUUGCUGCGUUAGUUUAUCAUUUAUUUCCUGCCGUAUUGAUUCUAGGUCUUCCAGCAUCAGGAUUACGUAUAUUUGAACCAUUUCGACGAGAACAUCGAUUUGAUCAAGUUGGAAGAUUGCAAAAAGUGAAACGAACAGUUUGCCUACAAGUUUGUGAGCUUGUUGGUGUGACGAUCUUUUUAUAUGAAGCACUCAUUCUUGGUUUUACUGUCUAUUACGUUGCAAGUGGUAAGAUCUUUGUUGGCUGUAACUCAAACAUUCCUGCGUAUAUCUUUUGUGGCUUUGCCUUUAUUAUGUUUUGGUUACUCUUUGUACUCAUGCGAGCAUUUGCUCGCUUUCGUGAACAUUUAAAAAUGCAAUUGGGUGCAUUUAAAGAAAGUGAUCAAACGGGCGAUGUCAAGGCGCAUAUGUUACGCUCGAAAAUGAAACGUAGGAAACGACAACAAAGAAUAAAUGGUCAUUCUGAUGAAGCGAUGAUACCAUCAAUCGCUGGAUCGACACUUAUUAAAGACAUUAAAAAGCGACUAUUUCGAGGCGCUCAUCUAGGUGAUCUCAAGCUUUUACGUCGUUCAAUUCGGAUAGCCAAAGCACAUCUUGGGGAUACGUUUGCAGAGGAUUUAUAUCCAGAUCCUGUCAUGAUGUUUGGUAUCUUUGGAUUCGCAAGGAAAAAUCCCAUGCACGUCGCGGCGUAUCAAGGAAAUAUUGCAGCAAUGGAAUUAUUAUACAAAGCGCACUUUCGAAUUAAUGUGUUUGACAAAGUGUCGCGUUGGCGAUUGAGUACAGGGGAUGUCUUUUGGUACCUUGCCAGUUAUUUCAUUCCUAAGACUGUGGUCUCUGCAGAUGAAACGUAUAACUCCGUUCUCAAGACGACAUUAGUGACACCAUUGCAUUGUGCCGUAAGUACUGGUCGGUUGGCUGCUGUACAGUGGCUCAUAGCUCACGGUGCUGAUGUGAAUCUUUGUUCCAAAUCAUCGUCUCGAUGUGAAAGUCGUUUACCACCAAUUUUUCUUGCAGAUCAUCCUGAAAUUGUGCAUGUAUUGCUACGAAAUGGUGCGAAUCAUCUCGCAAUCCCUGAUCCAGGUCAUAUGAAUACAAUUACAGUUCUUCAGCUUGCGUAUUUACGUGGAAACUAUGCCGUUGCUCAAGUGCUAGAAGAUUGGGGAGGCGAUGUGGCACUUACACCACUGCACGCUGCAGCGGCGAUGAAUGACGUCGCAACGAUUCGGAGCCUUUUGCGUAAAAAAGUAAAUCCAGACGUUUUAGGUGAGCUUGGAUACGUAGGUUUGAACAAGCGAACGCCACUGCAUUGGGCUGCUGUCAAUGGUGCAGUAGGUGCUUUAGAAAUUCUCCUAGCGGCCGAGGCCAAUGCUAACUUUCAAGAUGCGCAAGGACGAACUGCUCUUCACUGGGCAGCUCGUGUUAACCGUGUAGAUAGCGUAAAAGUACUGCUAGCACAUGGUGCAGACCCUACGAUUGUUGAUGAUUGCGAUAUGACGCCGAUUAUGUGUGCGGCUUGUGCUGGAGGGACCAGUGUCGAUAUGUUUAAGGUGCUUGUUGCUAGUGGUGGCGAUAUCAACCAUCAACUUCGUGUAUCAGGCGAUACGGCUUUGCAUUUAGCUGUGAAACUUGAUGAUCAACAGACUGCAUUGGCACUAUUGAGUUUGGGAGGAGACAUCAUGCGUACGAAUCACGAUGGGUUUCGUCCCAUUGAUUGUACGACAUCAACAAGACUACAAUUUGAGAUCAAACGUGCAGCUGGCACACGUGAUGUCAUGAUUAGUUAUACACACUCACAUAUGGAGUUUGCAUUGAAAUUACGAAAGUCUUUAGAAGAUGCAAACAUUACUGUGUGGCUAGAUCUAAUGGAUCCGAGUGGAAUAGGAGGAGGAUCUGUGUGGCGAGAAGAGAUUGCACGUGGAAUUACAAAUGCAGCCGUUGUGCUCUGUAUAUUAACAGAGGACUAUACACAGUCAGAGUGGUGUCUCAAGGAAUUAGCGUUAGCAAAACAAGUAGGUACUCCCAUCUUGGCCAUCUCGACUGAACAUGCCAAGAUAUCAGAAGAAUUACAAGUUUACUUGUAUACUCGACAGCUUGUUCCAUUUGAAAGUGCCAUCGUGAAUGUCGAACACGUGAAUGGUAAGGAAGUGCGUUACGAAUAUGAUGAAUUUGCGUACAAGAGGCAGUUGCGGAUGUUGCUUGAUGGGAUGCGAGAUGAGAUUGAAAAGCGAAAGGAAGAUAAUAUUAAACGCAAUAUGCGGCGUGCCGAGAUAAAUCCAGUCACAGGAUUAAGCUACGGAGCGAGUGGAAUACGUAAUCGACAGAUUAAGCACGCUGUCUCCGGUAUGAGCUCUUCAAACACAUAUGGGUUGGAUUCGAUGAAGUUUGAUGAGCGAAUGCUGGUUAUGUCAGCAAUUGAUCCGACGAAUCAUAGCUCGUCCGACUCGAAUAGCUCGUUUAUUCAUGACCAGAUGGAGGGUUCAACUAUGCAGUGUAUGCUACAAAAGCGUCGACAUCGUGGUCUACAGGGAUCAUCUCAAUCCAUUGGGUCGAAUGCACUAUCAGCCGUACGUGGUUAUCACGAUCCAAAUGGUUCGAAUUUAAGCGUUCUGAGUAGCGCAAGUAGCUCAAAUAGCUUUGUAGACGACUGUGGCGUGUCGGAUAGCAUUAUGCUGGAUACGGGUGGCUACUACUUUUAUCGAACCAUCAACAAAGACGUAUCAAAACGUGGAGGCUGUACUAACACGAUACCUGAUAAAAGCUCAAACCUUGUUGAUGAAUCUACGAGCAACGACAGUAUCGUGGAAAGUUUAGAGGAUUUGAAUAAAGCUUCUGCCAGUGGCGAGCAGUUUGUGUUUAUAAGUCAUGGUAAUUACCACCAACGAUUUGUGCAGAAAUUAUGCGUUGAAAUGUGUCGGGACGGAGGUCUGCGUUGCUAUGUCGAUCGAAAGCACAUGGCCAAAUUCUCCUCAACAAUUGAUGAAGACAAAGAAGAGGAUCUAGAUAAGACCAAGUCGAAAUGUUCGAUGAAUGAAGACAUGUCGGUACGAAUUCACGAAGCCAAGGAAGCAAUUCUCAAGUGUUCAGCUUUUGUGCUUCUCAUCUCGGAAAAAACAUUAGCAAGUGAAUUAGUGAAAGAUCAAUUGGCGUUUGCGGAAGAUAAAGGCAAGAAAAUUCUACCAGUGGUAGUCAAUCGAACGAAUUUCAGUCUUGACGUCAAGUACAGUUUGGCACGUAGUGAAUUCUUUCACUUCUUUACAAAGGGUGACAUGAUGGGCUUCCGUCAGUCUUUACGACACUUGUUGAAUGCUUUGCGUGAAGAGGUUUAUGGUAUUAGUAUUGGAGCGCCGCUACGCAAUUUCAAUCAUCUUCGUUCCUUCAAUUCUGCUGGAAAUAAAGCACAUAUAAAUCAAAGCAAUGGAAGCGAUGUGCAGCUUCGUGGUGGCUUUGCAGACUUACGUGAUAGCUCGCUAUCCACUCGAUUGUCCUUCCAUCCAUCAUUUCAAAUAGAAGGAAGUUUGCGUCGACGACGUGUGACCUCGCGAAGUAUAUAUGCAAGUUCCCGAAGUGACCCUUCGAACUUUGGUUUACCACCAACGCGUCUUUCGCAAACUUUUACCAUAACAAGUGGUCCAACACGUAGUAUAACUUCCGAGUCAAGUCUUUCGCAAUCAAUGAUUGGUAACUUUUCAAUGCUUGCAAGACAAUUGACCGACGAUUUUGAUGAGGAAGACGAGAAUCUUUCGUAUGCAGGUAUUCAGGAUGAGGAUUUCAAUUCAGAUGAAGAGAUUGAAAUGGGGAAAGAUGGAAUGAUACAUGUUGUGCAUGAAGACCUACCAUCCGUUUUAAAAUCGACACAACACACAAUUAAAGGUGCUCCUUCUUGUGAUGGUCACUAUGAUACCCGCCAACGAGGAUCGAACUCGUCUAUCAGUAUGAUGGAACUCACGGAAUCGAGCGAUUCUAUUAACAUAAAUUACGAUGCCAUGUUGGGUGAUAAGAUAUGUGGUGAAUAUAAUAACAGGGUUUAG